CUGAACAGGAAGAAGAGUGUGCUCAGGGAUGCUGCCAGGAAGAGGGAGACCGUAAAGAAGGACGUUGCCUGAGCAGAAGGAAUGUAUUCUUAAAAGACAGGGUUCCUUCCCACUGCGGCAAGCAUUACGCUACCAGGAAGAUCCCUACCUGGAAGUCAGGCCAGGCUUCCUGGGAGAGAGCAGGCUCCUGAAACCCCUUCAUCAUGAACUGGCACAUGAUAAUCUCUGGGCUUAUUGUAGUGGUGCUUAAAUCUGUUGGAAUGACCUUAUUUCUGCUGUAUUUCCCACAGAUUCUUAGCACAAGUAAUGAUGGCUUCAACUCCACAAGCAUCUACGGAACAGUCCCACAGUCUUUUGGGAAUAGUAACAAUGGCUUAAUUCCCACAAGCAGAUAUGGAACAGUCUGCCCCAAAGACUGGGAUUUUCAUCAAAGAAGAUGUUUCUUCUUGUCCACCUCUGAGCUAUCUUGGAACAAGAGCAGGGAUGACUGUGUAACAAAAGGAUCCACUUUGGCGAUUGUCAACACACCAGAGAAACUGGAGUAUCUCCAGCACAUAGCAGAUGCUGAGAAGUACUUUAUUGGCUUAACAUACCACUCUGCAGAGAAAAAAUGGCGCUGGAUCAACAACUCUGUGUUCAGUGGCAAUAUUACCCAUCAGAGUCAGAACUUCAACUGUGCCACCAUAGGCCUAACAAAGACUUUUGAUGCUGCAUUAUGUGACAUCAGCUACCGCUGGAUCUGUGAGAAGAAUCCAGAAUGAUUGCAGUUCUCUGUGAGGUGAACAAAUAGACAACAAAAGAGAAUGGUUACAAUCAGGAUUGGUCUGGGAAAUGCAGAACAUUGAAUCACUGUGUCAGUCUUGGACAGGUUAUUGGCAGAGCUCCAGGGCUAAUGCACCCUCCCCUUUCAUACAUACACACUUACAUAUACACCACCAGGAAAACUCCCCUUUCUGAGCCACUCCCACAAACCACAUUUCCUGUGAGAUUGGAACCUGCAACACUUUUUGGCUUCCCACAGGACAUCUAGUUAAUGGUUCUUUUAUCCAUCUGUCCACCAGUAAAGUCCUUGUCUGUUUGAGAUAAUGAACUUCUGUGUUCUGUAUUCUGAGGGACUGAAUGCUGGCCAUCUCCAGGAGACAGGGUCAGCUUUAUGGAGAUAACACAGCUGGUAUGGAAAUGAGGUUUGUUUUUUACAGAACUAAGCACUUCUGACUGACCCACAAGGUUUAGCCUGUCGACAAUUUGUUUUAUACUCAGUGAUUAUGACAUACUACCAAGGAAGACCCACAGACUAAGCAGGUAUUAGCAUCAUUUAGAGGACCAAAUGGGUGGAAGAAGGGUGAACUCAGCUUCUAUGAUGUCACUUGAGCCCCCAAGAUCAUGGCAUAUUCUUCCAUUCCAUUCUUGAGAAACCUGAUAACCAAGUAUAGCCUACUGACACAAAGAAACCUUGCACUGGUUGACAUAUUGACCCACCACUCAUCCAGCUGGCCAAAGAGUACCAAAAGAGAAGGGCCAUGCAGGAAACAUUGGGUGGAGGCAAGGGGUAGGUGGAGAGAAAGAAGGGAAUAGCGGGGAUAAACAGAAAUCACAUGAAAGGAGAAAUGGCAUUUAUUUGGCCAUAUAAAAAAACAGCAAGAAAAAAUUAGAAAAGUCUUGGCUUCUCUGUAUUCAUAAGAAAAUAUCAGCUACAUACACAUCUCCAGAUAAGAAAAGAAAAAGAGAUUCAUCUGAUGUCUUCAAUUAUAAGAGUUAAACCAGGGGGAUGACUAUAUAAAAUUAAUGGAAAUUAUUACCAUUCGCAUCUAAGAACAACAUAUCACAAUAAGUACUGUGUAUAUGAUUACUCAAAAUAAAUCAUUGUAAAAUUUAUCUUUUAUUACAACAGUAAAUUCUGUUUCUAUAUUCCUGGGUUUUGUGAUUGUUGGUUCAUUAGCAUAGUCAUUUAAAAUGUUCAUAAAUGAGAUAAUACACUAGUUGUGAGAAGUUGCUUGAAGGAGGUUACCAGAAGUAAUCUGAGUUUGGAAUGGAGUAGAUAUGGAAAUUAUAUUGGCAUCCUGUGGAAAUACAAGUUCUCUGGUGGUUUUAACAAACAAGUGCCACAGGAGAGGAGCAGGAAGAGACUGAGUCUACAGCCAAGAAAAGAAUCAACUGAAUUCUAAGCAGAGGUAAGUCCCAGAACUCAAACAGAAGGAAAUCUCAAUCCUUCUAUUUUGAAAAAAGAGAACUAUAAUUGCCACAUUCUGUUUAUGACACAGUAAUUGCAGCCUUCAAAGACCAGGAAAUGUAGACAUCUAGUAAUUUCCCUAGUAAAAGUCCAGUCUCCCCAAAGAUAAGAAGAUACUUCUUUGCAAGUUCUGAUAAAGUCCACUGAGGUGGGAUAGGGAGUAAGACUAAAAAGUAUGCAGGGGACACAUGGACAUUAAUUUAAGUUUAUUUUUGGAGAGGGGUCUCAGGAUCCUCAGGAGAGUAGAUAAAUAUAACUUUUAUUAGGCAGCAGUGGUAGGGUUUUUAAAAAAUGAUUAUGUAGUUAAUCAUUGGGUCAGAGUUUUUAUUUUUCUUCUAAUGUGCUGUGUGAAUCUGUACAUAUUUCUUAAUUUCCUCACCUAUAAAAUGGGGCCAUGAUACCCAUUUCACAAAAUUCUUGUACAUAAGAAAUAAGCUCCCCUCUAUAUAUCUUAAAAGCAAUAAACAUUAGGAGAAGCACUUUGUGCAGGACUCAAAGUUGAGAUCUUUAUUCAAAAAGUAACUUUUUGAUUUGCUAGAAGCUGAAUGUAGGCAAGCCAAUUGAUUUCUCAGAACUUGUGUAUUCAUUUAUAAUAUGGAUAUAAAAUCUGCCCAAUUCAGAGAAAGGUACCUCAAGAAUUCUGUGGUCAAUCCACGUAGAGAUCAAAGCCAUUCUUUUCAUGGCUACAAAUGUGGGCCCAGCUGUAGUCAGUCACUUCCCACCCAACCCUUAGACUCAUCAACAAACCUGUCUGAGGUCAUCAGCACCACCAGCUGAGCUUAGCCUAGAUCGACUGAAACACUAAUUCAUGAAAUAAAAGUUUAGAAUGAAUCAGACAUUAUUACCCCACAUACAUAUAUAACUGUACGAAUGGUGGGAUUCUACAUUGUGUUCCAUUCUACUGUCAUGUAUAACUAAUGAAAACAAAAAAUACACAUAUAAUUUGAAAAACUAUUUCUUUAUGCCACUGGAGUUUUGUGUUUGUCUCUUAUACAUCAAAAGUUUUCCAACUCACUAUUUAAAAAAGUACAAGUUUUUAAAAAAGACUUACUAGGUUAAACAUGACCUACAUUCCAGUUACUUCUUUUCAUUUUCAUUUUCCCUUACAUUCUCCUUUGUUUGCUCCGUUCCAGCAUCUUUUCCUAUAUCUUCCUUAGGAUCUCUCCACUUAUUAUUUACUAUGCUUGGAAUGUUCUUUAACAGAUUUCUAAGUAUCUCACUACUUUGCGCCUCUCAACCUUUCCCGGACAGCCUUACUUAAAAUUUCAACACUCCCCCUAACAGAUAUUUUCUUUCAUUCCUAUUUCUCUUUCCUUUUAGCACUUUCCUACCAUCUAACAUACUACAUCUAGUUUUAAUAACUUUAUUAAGAUAUAGUUCAUGUACCAUACAAUGCAGUUAUUUGCAAUGCAUAAUUCAAUGUUUUUUAAUAUAUUCACAGUUACAUGUGCAACCAUCACCUCAAAAGAAAGCCUGUACCAUUGUCUAUCAUUGCCCUAUCCUUGUAUUCAA